AUGGAUAAACAGACUCUGAACGCAGCAGUACUUAUUGUGUCGACUACUGCAGCCAAAGAUGCAUCAGCCGACUCGUCCGGUCCUGUUUUGAAAGGUGUUUUCGAGGAAGCAGACGGCCAAUGGGAAGUCGUGGAAACGAAGAUCGUGAGUGAUAAUGUGACAGAUAUUCAGAGAAGUGUGAUGUCCUGGACAGAUCAAGAAAAUACUAUCAAUGUUGUGAUUACUACUGGUGGGACCGGUUUUGCAGUCUCAGAUAAUACUCCUGAGGCAAUUACACCCCUUCUACACAAGCAAGCUCCAGGACUUGUCCAUGGAAUGCUUGCUGCUUCAUUGGCAGUCACUCCUUUUGCUCUCAUGUCAAGGCCGGUAGCGGGUGUUCGCAACAAGACAAUCAUCGUCACAUUACCUGGAUCGCCCAAAGGAGCAAAAGAGAACCUUCAAUCAAUAUUGAAACUUUUACCGCAUGCUUGCCUUCAGGCUGCAGGGGCAGAUUCCCGGUCGCUUCAUGCGGGAGGUGUGAAGAAGCUCGAGAAGGAAGCUGGUAUUGGCUCUAAGGGUGCUUCUCUGCCGGUACAUUCACAUAAACAUGAUCACUCUCAUAGUCACUCACAUGGCCACGGCCACAUUCAUAGCCACGGUCAUAGCCAUGGGCAUGCAAUGCCUGUUAGACAUACUGCGCCAGAUGAAAAUCCUCGUUCGAAUGAUCCUGCUCUCGGUCCAACGCGACGAAGUCGUUCAUCGCCAUACCCCAUGUUAUCUGUCGAUGAAGCUUUGAAUCUAAUAGAAAAAUAUACACCUGCUCCGCAUGCCGUAAAAGCUAAUGUAAAUGGAGACAUUGUAGGAUUUGUUCUAGCGGGGGAUGUUACGGCAACUGAAGCUGUGCCGGCAUAUCGCGCCAGUAUUGUUGACGGAUAUGCGGUCAUUGCUACAGAAGGUAAAUCGAACAAAGGCGUAUUUCCUGUAGCAUCGAUAUCUCAUGCUACUGCCGGUGAGCAUCCUCUUCUGCUAGAAGGUCAGAUCGCGCGCAUUACAACUGGAGCACCGCUUCCGCCUGGUGCUACUUCUGUGAUUAUGGUAGAAGAUACUGUGCUGAAAACGAUGACCGAAGAUGGCAGGGAGGAGAAAGAGGUCGAGAUAUUAGCUGAUGGAGUAAAACCUGGUGAAAAUGUUAGAGAAGUCGGCAGUGACAUUGAAGCUGGGUCUAUCAUAAUGCGCAAAGGGGAAGAAAUAUCUGCCAAUGGUGGCGAGCUCGGUCUACUCACGUCUGUCGGCAGAGCAGAAGUAACUGUUUACAAGAAACCAGUAGUCGGUGUGCUCUCCACAGGAGACGAAAUUGUCGAACAUAAUAGACCUGGCUCUCUCAGAAUGGGAGAAGUUCGUGAUUGUAAUAGGCCAACAAUCAUGGCUGCCGUGCGAGGUCUAGGAUUCGAAGUUGUAGAUCUUGGUAUUGCUCGCGAUAAACCUGGAGAUCUAGAACAAACACUUCGGGAUGGACUUCGGCAAGUCGACGUUGUUAUCACCACUGGUGGUGUAUCGAUGGGCGAACUUGAUCUUCUGAAGCCUACCAUUGAGAGAUCAUUAGGGGGAACAAUUCAUUUCGGUCGUGUAUCAAUGAAACCAGGAAAACCUACAACCUUUGCGACGGUACCAGUGAAGAAUAAUGAUGGGGAAAGAGUUUCCAAGGUCAUAUUUUCUCUACCUGGUAAUCCGGUCUCAGCUAUAGUCACUCUCCAUCUAUUCGUUCUACCUUCUCUACAUCAUGCUUCUGGAAUAUCUCCUGUAGGAUUGCCCAAGGUUCCAGUAACUCUAUCACAUGAUAUUCGUCUGGACCCUCAAAGAGUUGAGUAUCAUAGAGCGAUUGUCUCCAUAGGGAGAGAUGGCCUUUUAUAUGCAAGUAGCACUGGUAUGCAGCGCAGCUCAAGGGUUGGAAGCUUAAAGAGUGCAAAUGCAUUAUUAUGCUUGCCAAUCGGAUCGAAGGAUUUACCGAGAAAUACGAAGGUAGAAGCCUUGCUGAUGGGUAGGGUCAGAAGUGAAUAUGAAGGUUGA